UAUUAUCUCAUUUAUGCUUCUCCGCUUUAUUAGAAGAUACUCCAACCGGAGCUUAGAUAAUGUGGAGCUUAGUACAUUACUUCAAAAAUCCACAUGGAAAAUGGAAUCACUUUUAGAAAAUCAGAAGCGAAUCCCAGAAAUUUCAAGACCAGUACUUUUGAAAUUAUUGAAGUUAUCAGGGAUAGAGACUACACUUACCAAGGAACGAGAAUUGUUCUUUCUGCAAUCAUUGAAAUCACAGAUGGGGUUUAUAGAUCAUCUUUAUGAAGAAACCGAACUGAGAAAUGAUGAUGAACCCGUUAAUAAUUUCAGACUUAUAGCAUCUGAUCAUCAAAAAGUUAAUCCACUUAAUCUUGAAAGUCUCAAGAGACAAAUAAAUGAAUUACAAGCCAGUGAUGUAAAGGGAGAAACUGGAAAUUGGAAUGUAGUUGAAAAUUCUAAUAAGAAUGGUCAAAAUAAUAAUUCUGGAUACUUUUGUUUGAAAGGUAAACCAUAGAGGAGCUGAUGAAGUAGACAUCUGGUAAACUGGAAGUACCACCCCCAUUCUUCCAAGUGAAGUGGAACAUAGAGACCUCAGAGAAAAUGAUACUGGAUAACCUGCACUCUAAGGUAAAUUUGCUAUGGUUCCCUCUCGUAAUACAAAUUAACCCUUUGUACCACUUCCAAGGUGAUUAGAUAAAUUACAUUCACUUUAGGGUUGUCAAUUAAUGAACCAGUCUAUCAUUAUUUCAUUGACAGUUAGAGCUUCACUCAAAUACCAUGUAUAUAAAAGAAAUAAAAACACCAACUUACGACACUUUACUCAUUA